AUGGAUAAUGAUCCUACCGACGUCACAACACCGCGAUAUUGUAUAGGGAGGAGGGAAGAGGACGAUUCAGAGAUGAAGUUAGCAGAGAGUCAGAGGUGGCGGCCGAUACCUACGGAGGAAGAAGGCACCCUCUACUGGUCUGGCGCCCUCCCACAAUCGUGUGUAAGAGGGUGA